ACGCGAAAUGUUAUCAAGCAACUCCGCGAAAAUAAUAUUAGCAUUGGAAAGGUGUAUAAUAUUAUUGGUAGCUUCUUUGGUUCAAUGAGCAAUGUACCAUUAGCAAGAGAACGUUGCGAGGGCUGUGUGGCAAGAUCAGCAGAGAGCAAGCUGACAAUGAUGUGAAGAAGACCGUCGAUGUCUUUGCUGAGCUGGGAGCAACAGAUUAUGGGUUGUACUAUAGAGUACAACUUGAUCAAGACAGCCGCAUAAGAAAUUUGUUAUGGUCAACCGGAGCUAGCAGAGCACAAUACCACUAUUUUGGAGGGACUGAGAUCCAGUGCCUUUAUCAAGUGAAGUCACGCUGCAACUUUACCCUACUAAUCUCCAUCCAAUCCACAUCCUACGGUUCAGAUCACAUAAGGGAAAAGGCUCUCAACACUUAGCAGUUUCAGGAUAGCAGCAAACAUCAAUAAGCUGCAAACAACGAUGCAGUGGCACUUGAACUCAGUUUUAUUUGAACAGAUUGAAACCCAAAAAAUAAAGAACUGCAGAUACUCAUGAACAGACUAUAAAACAAAAUUUGGUUUGGUUAUACAGUAGUGCAUUAUGCAAUCAAAGUGGAAUAAAUCAAUUGCAGUUGACACUAAAUCCAGUAGAACUUGAUAUUAAAAGGCUGCAGCGCAUAAUGUCCGAAUGCUACAGCAAUAAGUUUCAAUGUUGAGUAAUCAUCUACACAAAAGCUAUGCUGAAAACUGCUAAGUGUUGAGAGCUUUCCUAUGUGUGAUCUGGACCGUAGGAUGUGGAUUGGAUGGAGAUUAGAAGGGUAAAGUUGCAGCGUGACUUCACUUGAUAAAGGCACUGGAUCUCAGUCCAUUUUGGAGAUGCCAUUACAUUCGAUACAACAUACCGCACAAACAUGUAUGACAUGCCAUUUGGAUUAUUUGCAGGAGUCAAUAAUCACUUUCAGAGUAUCAUUUUUGACGGGGUGCUAGUCAGAGAUGAAACAGAGGAGAGUUUUGAAUGGGUCUUCACUGAGUUCAUCCGCAUGAUGGGGGGAAGAAGCCACAAACAAUACUCACUGAUCAAUCCCGAGCAAUGGAGUUAGCUAUAAAGAAAGUGAUGCCAGAUACUACUCACCGUUGGUGCAAGUGGCAUGUGCUCAAGCGGGCAAAAGAAUUUCUUGGGCAACAUUACACAAAGCGAAGCAAAUUCAUGUCAGAAUUUCACAAGAUAAUACAUCACAUGCUCACAGUUGACGAAUUUGAGACUGCAUGGAAACAACUCAUUGAAACAUAUGGUUUACAAAAACACCACUAUCUGACCCAAAUAUAUGAAACAAGGAAAAAGUGGGCAAAACCAUAUUUCCAUGGCAAAUUUUGUGCAAAGAUGACAAGCACACAACGCAGCGAGAGUGCAAACCAUAUGUUGAAAACUUAUGUUCCAGCUAGUUGCCCAAUGCAUCUGUUUGUUCGCCAGUUCAUGAGGCUUCUUUUUGAUAGAGAAGCAAAUGAGAACUAUGAAGAAAGAAGAACAAAGAUAGUAGCCCCGGUGCUGAAGCUGAAGACACCAAUCGAGUUGCAUGCCAGCAAAAUCUACACACGGGCCAUUUUUGAGAAAUUUGUAGAAAUCAUAUGUGAAGCAGGACAAUACAAGGUAGAAGAAGUUAGUAAAGGGAAAACAUAUUUUGUGAACCGGUACCAUCCAGAGAGACAUGAGCAGUGGUGCAGGAUACUAUACAAAGUUGAAGUUGUCAAUGAAGGAGAAAAAAUCAUAUGUGAGUGUGGAAAUUUUGAACACACUGGACUGCUCUGCUGCCAUGCUAUCAAGGUGCUUGAUUUCAUUGGCAUAGACCAUAUACACGCGAAUCAUAUUCUGAAGCGUUGGACAAAGGAUGCAAGGGAUAUUCUGCCAGCUCACCUCUCGUACCUUCAGAAGGAUAGCAUUUUUGUAAAUUCAGUAACGUUCAGGCAUGCAAAUGUGUACACACAUGCACUUGAAGUGGUUAGAAUAUCGGAUGCAAAUCUAGAAGCAUAUGAGUGCGCGAUGGAGAUGCUUAAGAUAACAAUGGAUAAACUGACACCCAUUGCUGCUGUGCGUGAUGGACGGGGAUUGGAAGACAGAAUUCAACAACUGACGGAUAAAGGUAAGGAAGCAGCAGCAGAAAUAGCACCACUAGUUAGUAAUACAAGUGAUGUUGAAUGCAGCGCAAUUGGGGAUUUCAUUGGCCUAAAAGCUCCAGAAUGGAAGAGAAAGGCUGGCCGACCAACGACAAGCAGAGACAAACCUCCGUACGAUGAUCGGGGCUGGAAAAGCAAGAAGUUCAAGAAGGCAGCGGGUGGAGAUGAUGCUGACAAAUGUGGAACAAGCAAGCGAACUCGUUUUUGCAGUAUAUGCCGAGAACCUGGGCACAAGAGCACCACCUGCCCCCAAAGAGGAGAUCUGCCUCCAAAACAAAGGAAAGAGGCAAAGUGUUCAAUUUGUGGCGUCGGUGGGCACAGAAGAAACACAUGCAACAAUCCAAAGGUUGUUCUGCAUGUUGUUGACAACACUAAUCUGCAUGAAAACGCAAUUAUAUCAUCUUCGUAAGCACAAGGCAUGCUAUUAUCUCCAUGUAAAAUUUGAGCUUAUCUGUACCAUGCAUGUAUAACUAUUCUGUGUGACAUGUCGGUAUGGCUGUCAACUCUGUAGACUGGGACAAAUUACUGUCAUAAUAAAAACAAGUUCCUAC